AUGUAUAUGGGAUAUAAACCAAAAACAAAAUUUAACUACGAGAAUGUCCAGCCCACAAGGACAUUAUUUUUACUAUCUAAGACUAUGAGGGUACUCAGCCAGAUUGAUCGAUCAAAUUCUUGUGCAUCUAGACUCUCGAAGAAGUCAAGUGUUCUUUCCCUUUACUCAACAUCCGGCAAUACAUUGUCAACCUUGUUAAGCUCGUCUGCACUUGCUGAUAAAGACUCUACCAGUGUUUUUUAUUUUUUUUAUUUUUUUUUUCACGAUAAAUUCACUGAUUUUAUGCGAUUUCUUCAAGACAUCAAUUGCUUGUUGCUUUGUACUAUAUUUUGGCAUAUUUACCAUUCGAGCUACUUUCGAAAAUCACGGCUUUAUUAUUGCCAAAAGACAAACUUUCUUGCGCUCUUACUUGCAAGAACUGGAGAACUCCAUAUCAAGAAUCGCUUUGGAGUAAUAUACAAGUCAAUUCAUUCCCAAGACUUGAAUACAUGUGCGCUACAGACAAAAAGCAUAUGUGUUACUGGAGAAACAAACUUAUCCCAAUGGAUUCAGAGUAAUAUCUUGAACGUCUUUCACAAUGUAGAGGAUUUUGACAUGGGAUUCUUAUCGUUGUACAGAACCGACCUACAGAAAGCGAACUAUAUUCUUCCACAAUGGAAGCCUGUGACCAGCCUAAAACUCAAACUUAAACCACGUGACUGGUACAUAUCGGCACAUUUGAUCCUGGAGAUCUCACGAGUAUUUCCCAAUGUCAGGGCAAUAGACAUAUCUCUUUGCUGCCAUAAUUCAAUUGAGUUCAAGUUGGAUCAUUAUAAUUACUUUCACAUUGCAUUACCAAACCUGACAAAUAUAAAGGCUUUCUUACUCCUCGACUUUAUUCACCCAGACGAAGUACCAUCAAUUCCAAGAACUCGGCCAGCGCUCGAUGUAACAAGCCUCUCUUUCGAUCUCAUAAUCCUGAAUCAUACAUGGAUAUACUACUUUAUAUACAAGUAUCCAAACCUGCGUACAUUGACCUGGAAAGCUGCGUACCAAGAAAAUUUGGACUCUACUAUAGAGUACGACGAAAGAAAGGCAUCACUAAUCCGAUCCGUCGAAAAAGCAUUUCUACACCUGGAAACAUUAGAUUUCUGCAUUAGCGAACCUACAGAAUGGGCUCACGCUCUUUUAUGGGACCUCCUUUGCCCGUUAAGCGUACCCAUCAAGGAUCUAAAGUACAAGAUCAAUUCAAGCGAUUGUGGAGUGCCUUUCCUUGAAAUGGUUAUCGAACGACUUGUACAAUCCUUUUCAACAACACUCAAAACACUCUCCGUUGUCGGGAGUGUAUACACCAACGGUGAACCAAUUUACAAGCCAGAUUUCCUAUACUGUCCACACCUGGUGAGCGUGGAAAUCAAUGAAUGUGGCGUAUCGAUUGCAUUGGACAGCCUAUUGGAUAGCUGUCCAGCCUUAAGAAAACUAUCUUUUUCCAGUGGACAGCUGUAUAUUAGUGAAGACCCACAAGAAAAGCCAAGUCUACAUGGAUUAGAAAUUCUGAUAUUGGAUAAUAUUGUGACAAAUGUCUCUGUACUUAACUACACGUCUUUCAGGUGCAGAACUUUACAACUCGAGACUAGAAGCUUGUGUAUUGACAUGUCUUGCACUAACUUCAAGCUGCUAAAGCUCGAACAGGUCUCAUUCUACUCAUCCAAAGAAGACAUGAGCAAGGAUACUACCAUAAACCUGAUGUUGAUUUCCCAAUUGACUGGUUCCCGCAUGUCAACUGAAACAAAAGAUAAUUUGGAACCUUCAGUGGAGCAUCUGGCCUGGUAUCAUAUCAGUGGUGAAUAUACAGAGAUAUUUGAUUCUACUCUAGAGACAAGGCAACUUUUGGAACAAGAGACCUACACUACAAAUGAAUACUUUCAAGUUUCCCAGUUUAAAGACCGGCCAAUCUUUUCUAAACCUGAAAAAUCUUUUGAUGAACAAAUUAACAAAGAAGAUCUAGAAGAAGACCUCUGUAGAGGUUAUGUCGAAUUGAGGUGUGGACAAAUAGCUGAAUAUAUUGUACCUUCAUUAUGCUUUGAUUAUAUCAAAAGCAUCAGAUCAUUUAAAGAAUUUAGCAGUCUUGAAUAUCUUGGAAACUGUGGUUCUUGCUUAUUAAACUGUCUUAAUGGGGGUAACCUGUCUACCCCGUAA